CCUCCUCAUCCCCCAAAUCCACCGGAGCCAAGAAGAAUGAAGAUGCCGUCCGCUGCAGCAGUAAAAAAGAGGCUGAAACGUAUUGAUGUUCACAUCCAAGGUGAAGAUUUCAAGCUUCGUGGACUAGUUCCAUUCCAUGCAUCCGUCAUCAAGCCAAAGCCUUCUGUGGGCAAAAUUUCAUACAUCAGGGUCCCAUCAGCUCACCGGUCCAAGGAGGUGGAGAGUCACGUGGCCUUCCCAAAGCCAGCGUCUCCCUACAUUGCAGCCCGGAAGAGAGCUCAACGUAGAGGGGUAACUGCGAGGAGGAUACGGAAACGGAGGCGACGGCGAAAACGCAAGCUUGGGUGUCAGAUAUUUCAGACCACAUGUGCAUCUCGACUGGGCUUCUGUCAACUGCCGGCUGAUCAAACAUGUAGUACUGCGGAGUCUUCCAAUAUGGUAAAUGUAAACGAAAAAUUGCAGGGGUAAAAAAAAGUAACGGGGGAAAAGCCAAACGGAGCAGACCCCCAUGCAAGAAAGAACAAUGUGGUCCUUGCCAAAUUUGUGGGAAAAUAAGCACAAGAUGGACUCACUUGUCAACAUUAAAAAAUGACACACUUAAGCAGUUUGUACUUCAAGUAUUGCCACAUCUGUCAUUACAUGAUUGUAUAUGUAAUGCUUGUCAUCACAAAUAUUCUAGGAAAUCAAAAAAUCCAGUGUAUACACCUGAAAAAACACGUGUCAAAAAAAGACCAAUAUGUUAUUUAAACAGUUUUAACAUGUGCUAUUCGAUGUCUACAGUAGACUCUUCAUUUUCAUUAGAACAGAUUCAGUCUUGUUUUCAAGUGCUGUUACAUGUAACACAUGCUUCUGAAAUUCCCAAUUUAAUCCCAUUAUGCGGUGCACACAAAUCACAGUUAUAUAAUUUUCACUCAAAUGCAAAGUGUGGGGUUUGUGGCAUCUUUUUUUCAUCUAGGUCCAGACGGUAUCUAUGUACAAAGUUAGAUAUAGAUAAUGCUUAUUUCCAACUUAAAGUAAACAAGGAGGAAACGGCUAUAACUGUGACGAGUUGUUUGUGCUACAAUUGCUACUGUGUGGCAAAAAGGGACACAGCACCUGACAUAACUUUAGAUGAUGUGCGACAAGGUUUAGACUUCACUGAAUUCGAUGAAGAAUUGAAUCAUACUGCUUAUGCACUCAGUAAUACAUGUAAGGAUAUUUGUAGGGGCUGCAGUUCUGAAGCUUUCCUCCUUGCGGAUCUUUAUGACCAGUUUCUUAUUAAUCUUGAACUUCAGUGCAAAAAGGAUUCCUCAUCUCCUGGUACAUGUUAUGAUUCAUGUAAAAAAGCUUGCAAUAGCAGAUGGUUACUUUCUGGAAUUCUUAACAGGUUCAGUAAUUUACUAGAAGUACACAAGAUGAUUGCCCGCAAGCAAAGCAUUUUAUUAAUUUACUCUAAUCUGGAUAUAAGAGUUGCACUUCAUAUGUCUUAUUCAAAGUUGCGGCAUCAACGACGUAAAACUGAAAAGGAAGCUCCCAUGGAUCAGAGCGAUAAACAGUUUUUUACCUCUCCGGGUGAUAUUGUCUCAAUGGCGCAGUAUGUCCUUCCCCAGAUUAAUGAAAAGCUGAAACAGCAGUCAAGAGAAAUAAUGGAACAUUUCACGCAGUUUCCUACCCAAAUUGCUGCAUUUGAUUUUAAUUCCCUUCUUGAAAUGAUUGAUCCGCUGGUGUGGAAUUGUGUAUCUGUACUAACUGCAAAUGUUGAUGAGCUGAAGUUCAUUCACAGUAAUGAAUUAGUUUGGGAUAGCAAAAAGGUCAUGUUCCCUUCAUAUUCCAAAUCACAUGGACUGCAGCGUAGAAACAGAAGGAUUGUCCUGGUGAUGUCAAUGCAGUUUGUUUUAAGCGAAUCAAACAAUUACCCAUUCCACAUCAUCAUUGCUAACUGUGUCAAGAGAUUGUCUCAUUCAUCCAAACUUAUCAGGUUACUGAAUCACUCAGGAUUGUGCACAUCUGAAGAUACUCUUGAUAGAUUCUUAGAGAAUAUUAAACAGCUUCGCCAGGAGGCAGGACUUCUGUCUACCAUUGAACCCACCUCUUUUACAGUAGUAAGCAUUGAUAAUAUUGAUGUACUUGCCAGUCAUGCUGCAAUUACUUCAACCGGUUCUGGAAGGAGCUGGCAUGGAACCUCUGUCAUGGCACAACAACCAAAACCAGUCACAGAAAAAUUAAGUCCUCUUGGGGAGUUAAUUGAAAAAUCACCAACGUCAUCAAUUCCAGAUUUUCAAAUUGUUCCCAUUUUUGGGGAUGGACGCUGUCUUUAUAGGUGCAUUGCAUCAUUUAGCAGAUCCGACAUCUUAUUUUGUGGCAGGAAUGAAGUUGGUAUACCAAUUGACAGUGUUUGUUUUCAGGAAGAGCAACAGUUGGCGGAUCAAAUUAGACGCAGUGUGUGUAUGUUUUUAGAACAACACAUAAAUUCCUUGGAAGGACUGCCUGAAGGAAUUCAGCAUGUUCUUUUGGAGUCCUCGAGUAAUGAAUUUUAUUCAUCAUUUGCAGAGAGAAUUAGUGACAACAAAAAUCCCAGUACAUAUGCUGGUCAUUUGGAAAUGUGUGCCCUUGCAUGUAUCCUGCAGACUGAUGUUCAUGUCUAUCAAAGAACUGUCCAGGGAAUGAAAUUGGUAGCAAGGUAUCCUAAUGAGCAGAUGUCACAUUAUCACAUAUGUUUACUAUAUCGCCCUGGUUCUAAUUCCUUGACUGCCCAUUUUGAUUUGCUCUACUGUGCAAACUGCAGACCCAGUAUUGAAGUUCUACUUGACAUGCACAACAUUCAUCAUGAUACGCCUUCUGUGAAUGUGCUUGACACAGUUUUUGAAAAAUGGCAAGCAGCCGUUCCUGUUCUGCACAAACCAAACUUCAUUAACCUUGUGUCAGGUGGUAUGUCUGGAACCAGAUCAGUUAAGUCAUGUCCAGAACACCUGCAGCAUCACGAAAGUAUUGCAGAAACAUUGGUUACAUCUGCAAAAGGUAGUACAUCUUGUGACACUAAAAAAGAGAAAGCAGAAGCAAGUCACAAACCUUCUAAAAGGAGACAAGUUGGGAGUUCAGCUUUACCUGUGCCAGAAAAAUCUCAUUUUUCAAUUCCACUUUUCAAAACAUUCAUUCGUCAAAACUUGUCACUUGAAAACUUUUUCCCUUCAGAUGAGGAAAAGCUUCAGGAAAAGCAACUUCAUUAUGAUGUAUUUAUGCAUGUUGCAGAGAGAUAUGUUUCUGUUACAGCCAAAACUGAGCAUACAGUUCCAGGUCUGAAAUGUAACCUGAUGUUACACUCAAGUCCCCGCUGUGAGAAGUCCAAAUUUUCUUACAUUUAUGUGCUGAACGAAAAGGCGGAUUGCGCUGGAACUGUAAAAUCUGUUGUUGGCCUUCUGUAUGACCUCUUCAAAAUCUCAAAAUCAGUUAACCAUCUUGUUCUUGCAGGAGAUGGUGCAACAGUAAAGAUUUUGCUGGAUGUGAAAAAAGAAUAUGGUGAAAUGCUAGACUGGGUUGUGCCUUAUUUAGGUGAUUGGCAUAUCUUGAAAAAUUUCCAAGAAGUUUUAAUGAAAAUAUUUUGGGAUGCUGGGUUAAAAGAUAUUGCCAAAACAACCCACAAAAGCAAAACACUCAACAACUUGAAAACUUGCAGUAAUUUUAAGAGAACUCAUCGAUUUAUAUUGCAAGUUUAUGAGGCCAUUUACAUUCAUCAAUUGAAAUCUUUUUUAGAUUUCAGAGUUGACAAAGACAGCACAUCCUGUUCAAUUAGCAAUUCAUCACUCCAUGAUACCCUCAUAAGCACUGUAGAGCAAGUGCAUAUUCAAGGGGAUUUUUGUAAUUACUUGGGAAUGGAGGAAUUCAUUUCAAAGGUACAUAGCAACCUUCAUGAAUUUUUGCCGAAUUUUCUUGAGGAGUUCACCGAGUAUUGUACCGAGAUGUCAACAAAAUUUGAAACUUUCAAGUUCUGGAAUAAUUUUCUGAAGGUGGAUUGCUUUUGCUAUAUACAGUUGUGGACAGCCAUGCGAACUGCUAACUGGGAUAUGCGACUUGUUGCCUUGAAAAGGAUGGGCCCGUUGUUCCAUGCAUUCGACAGGCAGAAUUAUUCCAAAAUGAUUCCUAUCCAUCUUUGUCAAAUGCAUGGUCUGCCAAGCUACAUCUUGGAUCACUUCAAAAAUGGUGCAUUUGUCUCGAGUAUUAAGGGGGUCAACUUUUCCUCGGUUGGACUAGAUGAGGCUCAUGAAAUGCUGAUCAACAAAGAUUGCAAAACAGCUUUGUCUCGAAGCCUGCCGACAAACAUGGAGAAAAUUGCUGAAACUGGUGGAGAUUGUGCCGUCUUCUUUGCAGUCCUCUGA